AUGAAAUUCUUAUCUCUCGCCAGUUCUUUUGCCCUCGUGUCUGCGUUGCUUUCGUCCCCGGUGGCAGGCUCAAAUGCAGUCGUAGCCCGUGCUGAUGAUCGAGGUACUGAAAUCAUCUCUGGACUCGGAGCUCGCAAGCAGGCCGUGCUGGAUGCCGGUGGUAACACCCGUGAUCUUGCUAUUGCAAUGCUGGAGACCACCACCAUGACUACCGACUACACUUAUGGUGAUGGAAAGACCGGUGAUGCCACCAACUUCGGUAUCUUCAAGCAGAAUUGGUAUAUCCUGAGACAUUCUGCGUCUCAAUUCCUCGGCGAGACCGAAGAGCAGGUCGACGAUGGUGCUGUUCUGAAUUCAAACCUGAAGCAGGACAUUCAGGCUCGUCAUGAGGGCGAGGAGCACUACGGCUAUGAGACUUGGUUCAGUGGCCACCGCAACGGACAAUCGGGUGUCGAGAACCCCGGUACUGAGGACAUUCAGACCUACAUCAGUGCCGUUGGUUGGAUUCAAGAGCAGAUCGAAAGUGACGCUAAAUACCAGAGUGAUGAUACUCGGUUCUGGGUGGAUGUUCAGGCUAUCUAG